AUGCCGAAAGGACAACAAAGAAAAAUUAAAGGUGCGAUAUGUAAUGUACCAGUUGAAUGUAGUCAAACAUGCAAUGUUCUUCCCAGACCACCUGACAGAUCUGGGAUAAUUUUACUUAAAUUAAAAAGGAAACUUCAAUUCAGAGGUUAUGUUUACUUUCAAGCAGUUCGCCCUCAGUUUGUAAUUAGUGCAUUAAACUGGCUCAUAGCAAACAAUCCCUUAUAUAGAAACAUUGAAAUUCAAUGUGACAACAUCAGCCCAGAGUUGACUAAUUUGAACUGUCCUGUUACAGAUCAAGAAAGUGUAGACGAGCAUUUGCAAACUAAUGUAAAUAGAGAACUUCUUAAUGAAGAUGCUGAAGAACAAGAUGAUCCAUUAAAUGAAUACCGUUCAGCUGCAACUGAAACCUGCCUUCAGUCCAUCUUGCCAAAUUAUCCUGUAAACGUGGACAAUAGAAACUGUGAUAAUUCAACAGGUAGAGAAAUUUUCAACAUUGCACCAGGUGAAGGUAAACACCCAGUAUCAUUGAUGACUGAUAAGCUUUGUGAGGAACUUUCAUUUCCAGUACUCUUUCCAAAAGGACGAUUUGGAUACACCUUUGAACGAGACAUAAAAUUAUCUCCGAUAAAAUAUUUCAAUGCUCGCCUCUUGCAUUAUAGUGGGAAAUUUGCAACCAAUCCAGAGUAUCUAUUCUUUGCACAAUUCAUUAUGGAACAGAAAAAGAUCUCUGAUAGUAUAAAUAUAGCUCUUAAAAAAAUACAUGGGCAGUCAGUCACAGCAUCACAAGUGAAAUCAAACAGUCAAGCUUUUCAAAAUCUUCUUUUGCAAGAUCAAGCAUAUUUGUUUUUACGACAAAUUCCUGGCUCACCUCCUUACUGGCAAAAAUUCAUGUAUGAAGUGGUAGCAAUGGUUAAACAACUGGGAAUACCAACAUGGUUUAUGAUGCUUUCAUGUGCAGAUUUAAGAUGGCCUGAGCUAUUUCAGAUAAUUGCAAAAACAAAAGGAAACAACAUGACAGAUGAAGAAGUGGACGCUCUGUCCUAUCAUGAGCGAUGCUCAAUGUUAAAUUUAAAUCCAGUUAUUGUAGCUAAACAUUUCCAGUAUCGAGUCGAAACAUUUUUCAGGGACGUUUUGCUCACAAAUGCAAACCCAGUUGGCAAAAUAGUAUAUUAUGCACUCCGUAUUGAAUUUCAAAUGAGAGGUUCACCACAUUUGCAUGCCUUAAUAUGGACAUCUGAUUGCCCACACUUAACGGAUGAUACAAAAGAUGCAUAUAUAGAUUACAUUGACCAACAUGUUCAAGCAUACCUCCCAGACAAAGAAACAUAUCCUCAACUUUAUGACUUGGUGAAAACAUACCAGACACAUAAUCACAGUAAAACUUGUAGAAAGUAUAAGAACGUUGCAUGUAGAUUUAACUUUGGACAGUUUUUUACUGACAGAACAAUUGUUGCUGAACCUUUGGCUGAAGAUAUGGAUGAAGAGAUUAAAUCCAAUAUUCUAACCAAACGAAAGGAAAUUUUGUCUAAAGUUAAACAAAAAAUUGAUGAUGUGCUAAACCCAAGCAAACCUACUUAUGAUCCAUAUGCAACUCCAACUGACAUCCUAAAUGAUAUAGAUAUUACAGAGCAAGACUAUCAAUGGGCUAUAUCAUUAUCUCCAGACUCUGACUAUGAAUUGCACCUGAAGAGACCAAUAAACAGUUGUUUUAUCAACAAUUACUUUAUUGCUGGCUUAAAAGGAUUUGCCGCAAAUGUUGACUUGCAACCAGUGUUUAAUCAUUACAAGUGUAUCACAUACGUUUGUUCUUACUUUACAAAGGAUGAAACUGAAUGUUCACAAGCCAUCAUAAAUGCAGCAAAAGAGGCUAAACAAGCCAACUUAAAUGUAAGAGAUGGCCUAAGAAAAAUAGGUGCAGCAUUUCUCUCGACUCGUGAAGUCAGUGCUCAAGAAUGCGUUUACAGAUGUAUGCCUGAACUCUGGUUAAGAAAAAUAUUCCCGAAAACCCUCUUUGUUAGUACGGAUUUUGCUGAAAAUCGCGUUAGAUUUGCGAAGAAACAACAAGAACUUGAUGAGUUAGAUGAUGAUAGUACUGAUAUUUUUAAGUCUAACAUUAUUGUCCGUUACAGUGACAGACCAAAAAACAUUCCUGUCGUUAAUGAUAUGUGUUUAGCUUUAUUUGCUGCUUACUAUUUCAAAGAUUACAAAAGUGAUUUUAACGAAGUCUCUGAUUCUCAACCUGAAGUGUUAAGCGAUGACUUCAUGGAAUCUCAAAAUAUCGAAAAUCAUAACACUGGACUUCCCGAUCGAAUAAAACUUGCAAAUAGCAAAGAAAUUAUGAAGUGCAGAAGAAUUAAAGCUGUCAUUCGAUAUCACACUCCAAACAAAAGAAAAGAGCCUGAAAAAUAUUUUCACCACCUUCUUAUGUUGUAUUUUCCGUGGCGUAAUGAGCAGGAACUCUUUGGCGAAGACCAGACAUACAUAUCCAAGUUUUAUGAGCCACAUGUUCAAGAGGUAGUACAACGCAACAAAGAAAUCUUUGAGCCAGAUGGUGAUGCUAUUAAUGAAGCACUAGAAAAUUUACGAAACUUUGAUGGCGUACCAACGCACUCUUAUGAUCCAAUAAAUGACCAGGAAAAUGACGAUUUACGACAAAGUUUGCCUGACCAUUCUGAUGAAACCGAGUCUUUUAACGAAUCGUUGCCACAACAUCUUGCAUCAAAUCCUGAAUCAGUUCAACCAUCUUCUGGAAUAAGUUCUUAUAAUCAACCCUCACAAAUCAGUGACGACGAUCUACGAAAAACUGUAAGAUCAUUGAACAACAACCAACGUUAUGCAUAUGACGUAGUUCUUUCCUGGUGUAGAAAUAAGAUGGCCAACCUAAACACCCUUAAACCAUCUAAAGUAGAUCCGAUACAUGUUUUUGUUACUGGAGGUGGAGGUGCAGGGAAAUCACACUUAAUUAAAGCUAUAUAUCAUACUGUUACAAAAACAUUUAGACAUGCUCCAAUGAAUCCUGAAUUAUCUUCUGUAUUGCUAAUGGCUCCAACUGGUGUAGCUGCCAUAAAUACCAACGGAACAACCGUAAACACUGCUCUAGCAAUUCCACGGGAAUGUGGGAAUAAUGUACCUGCAAUGUCUGACCACAGACGAACACAAAUGAGAUUGUCUUUGGUUGAAUUGAAACUAAUCAUAAUUGAUGAAAUAUCAAUGGUUUCAAACAUAGGUCUGCUGCAUAUUCACCAGAGAUUGAAAGAAAUAUUUGUUACACCUAAUAGUGAACUUUUUGCAGGAAUCAGUGUACUUGUUUUCGGAGAUUUCUUUCAGCUACCACCAAUUCGAAGUGCAACAACAUUUUCAAAUUAUAAGAAUGAUACAUUCAAUCUGUACCAUCCAUGGCAUGUUUUUAAAAUGGCAGAACUAACACAGAUCAUGAGACAAAAAGAUGACCUCGCCUUCACUCAACUAUUAAAUAGAGUGCGCACGGCUUCACAUACAGACGAUGAUAUCAGAUGUAUUCAAUCCAGAACAAUAACUCCAGAUGAUGAAAAUUAUCCAUGGGAUGCAUUACACAUCUUUGCGGAAAAUACACCAGUGGAUGAGUACAAUAUUGAUCGCCUACAACAAAUUCAAUCACCACAGUACGUUUUAGAAGCUUUAGAUCAAUUCCCACCUCAUGUUAGAAAACAGGAUAUCGAAAGAGUGUUGUCUAAAGGAAGAUCCGAAACUGGAGGGCUUGACACUAAAAUCCUGAUCAAAGAAAAUGCGAGAGUUAUGCUCUCGACUAAUUAA